AUGUCGUGGAGAAACCAGGGCAUCACCGGUUCGAAUAAUAUCCCACUGGGAAAGCGUCGCUUUGGCGAUGACGAAGAAGACGACGGCGGCGGCGGUGGUGGUCGCGACCGUGCCCCUGCAGUUGGUGGUGCCGAACUGAAGCGCGGUCGCAGUCCUGAACCUCGCACCGAUGCCGAUGGCCCGCGGCGCCGCAAGAAGCGCAACCGAUGGGGCGACGCCUCCGAGAACAAGGCCGCUGGCCUUAUGGGCCUUCCGACGGCCAUCAUGGCCAACAUGACCAGCGAACAGCUCGAGGCGUACACCCUGCAUCUUCGAAUCGAAGAAAUUAGUCAAAAGCUUCGCAUCGACGAUGUCGUCCCUGCCGACGGCGACCGAUCGCCCUCUCCUGCACCCCAGUACGACAACCAUGGUCGCCGUAUCAACACUCGCGAGUACCGCUACCGGAAGAAGCUUGAGGAUGAGCGCCACAAACUCAUCGAGAAGGCCAUGAAGACGAUCCCCAACUACCACCCGCCCCAGGAUUACCGCAGGCCGACCAAGACCCAGGAGAAGGUCUACGUGCCCGUCAACGAUUACCCAGAGAUUAACUUCAUUGGCUUACUUAUCGGCCCUCGUGGCAAUACUUUGAAGAAGAUGGAGAACGAAUCUGGCGCCAAGAUUGCCAUUCGUGGCAAGGGCUCCGUCAAGGAGGGCAAGGGCCGUUCCGACGCCGCCCAUUCCAGUAACCAGGAGGAGGACCUCCACUGCCUCAUCAUGGCCGACACGGAGGAGAAGGUCAACAAGGCCAAAAAGCUGAUUCACAAUGUCAUUGAGACGGCUGCUUCCAUUCCCGAAGGCCAGAACGAGCUCAAGCGUAACCAGCUCCGUGAGCUUGCUGCUCUGAACGGUACGCUCCGUGACGACGAGAACCAGGCCUGCCAGAACUGUGGUCAAAUCGGACAUCGCAAGUACGACUGCCCCGAGAAGCAGAACUACACCGCCAGCAUCAUCUGCAGAGUCUGUGGCAACGCUGGCCAUAUGGCCAGGGAUUGUCCUGACCGUCAGCGCGGGGCCAGUUGGCGCAACGACGGCGCCGGCCCACGUCCUGCCGGUCGCAUCGACGGUGGCGAUGCCGUCGAUCGCGAGUACGAGCAACUCAUGCAAGAGCUUGGCGGCGGCCCCGCCGAUGGCGCUCCUCCUGCUCGCAUCGAAGCCGGACCUGGCUCGUAUAACAACGACCAGAGAGGUGGUGAUGUCAAGCCCUGGCAGCGCGGCCCAACAGGAGGGCCUGCCCCAUGGCGGUCACGCAACGAGUCGAACCAUGACGGCGGCUCCGGCGGCGGCGGCGGUGGUGGUGGUGGAGGCGGCGGUGCUGCUCCCUGGGCGCGUGACCGUAACCGCGACCGCGAUGAUCAUCGCGGCCAUGGUGGUGGCGGCGGCGGCGGCGACUAUUACGGCGGUCAAGGUGGUAACAACUACGGCAGUCAAGGUGGUCAGAACGCGGCGCCGUGGCAGCAGGCUCCCGGUACGCAAGGCGGCUACGGAGGCUACGGCGGUUACUCCGGUGGCUACGGUGCUCCUCCCGGCAUGAGUGCUCCUCCCGGCAUCCCCCCGCCACCUGGAGCUCCUGGCCUUGGAGCUCCGCCUAACCUCACUGGCAACCUGAACGCACUCAUCCAGCAGUACGCAGGCGGUGCUCCUCCUCCCCCGCCCCCCUCGGACAACGCACCUCCUCCACCUCCCAGCGACCAGCCGCCCCCGCCCCCUCCUGGCGCUUGA